GGUGGUUCAGCUUUUUCUCCAGCAUCCAUUAUUACUAAGAGGAGAGCACAGACCCAAGUAGCAGUCCUGGCUGAAGAUGUGGGAUGUGCUUCCUCCACCAGUGAGGAAAUUGUAGCCUGCCUCCGCCAGUUGCCUGCUCGAGUCCUCAAUGAUGCACAGACUAAGCUCCUAGCUAUAAGCGGCCCGUUCCAGUACUGGGGUCCAGUGGUGGAUGGAAUUUACCUUCGGGAACCUUUAGCUAAAGCCCUGCAGCGCCCUCAACUUCAGAAGGUGGAUCUGCUCAUUGGAAGUGCUCAGCAAGAUGGGCUGAUCAGCAGAGCUAAGGCAGUUAAGAAAUUUGAAGAAAGUCAAGGAAGAACCAACAGUAAAACAGCCUUUUAUCAGGCUCUGCAAAAUUCUCUAGGAGGAGAAGACUCCAACUUGUUAAUUGAAGACGCAGCUGUGUGGUAUUACUCCCUUGAACACUCAACUGAUGAUUAUUCAUCCUUUUCCAGGGCUUUGGAAAAUGCCACCCGUGACCAGUUUAUCACGUGUCCCAUCAUAAACAUGGCCAGUCACUGGGCUGCUGCCUCCAGAGGAAAUGUCUUUGUGUACCAUGUACCUGAGAGCUCCUCACAGAGCAGUUCGGGUCAGGAGUUCUUGCUGGAUGUUCAGUAUGCAUUUGGACUGCCACUCUACCCAAAGUAUGAAGAACAAUUUACUCUGGAAGAAAAGAGCCUUUCCUUGCAAAUUAUGCAGUAUAUUUCCAAUUUUAUAAACUCUGGAAAUCCAAACUACCCUCAUAGUUUCUCGAGGAGAAUGUCAAAGGUGAUGCCUCCCUGGCCCAUGUAUCUGUCAAAUGAUGAUGGCGAUAACUACAAGGAGUUCACUGUUUCCUUGCCAACUCUUAAAGGAUUGAAAAAAGCAGACUGUUCCUUUUGGUCUGAUUAUAUCAGAAGACUGAAAGCAUCCACAGGAAAUGCAAGUAAUGGUGAGCAGUCUGCAGAAAACAGCCCUAGUGAAGCUCCUAGUGAAGGACUCACCUCUCAGGAGAGCCAGCCAGUGGCAGACGAGGUGGCUUACAGCAGAUAGAAAGUCACAGUGCUGUCGGCUGGGUUUGCACAUGAUUGUACAUCCAUGCAACUGUGUCACACCAGAUGAACAAGUUGCUUCCUUUAGUUAACUUUCUGAACAAAUAAAGUAGACUUUUCAAGAAAGUAG